UAUCAAGAAGGUGAACCACCCUUAGUGCAUGGAGGACCUUGCAAGAGUAUAUAUUCAAGCGAGGGAAGAUUCAUUAGCGAGAUGGAGAGUGAAAACAUCACCAAUUUCAGGACUUAUGACCCCAACAUGGCUCAUACUUUUUUCAUGCCUUUCAGUGUUGUGUGGAUGGUGAAGUACAUCUACAAGACCGACACCUUUGACAUAUCUCCUUUGAAACAGUUCGUUUCAGAUUAUGUUAGUGUCAUUUCCACAAAACAUCAUUUUUGGAAUCGAACUUCUGGAGCUGAUCAUUUCAUGCUUUCUUGCCAUGAUUGGGGCCCCAUGGUUUCACAAGGCAAUGCAUUCCUCUACAACACAUCAAUAAGGGUUUUGUGCAAUGCCAAUUCUUCAGAAGGAUUCAACCCACAAAAAGACGUUAGUUUACCUGAGAUUAAUCUAUAUGGAGGUGAAAUCUCACCCAAGAUUGAAUCACCUCCUCCAGAAAACAUAUCAAGGCCAUACCUUGGCUUCUUCGCUGGCGGCGUGCAUGGCCCGAUUCGACCAAUCCUCCUCCAUCAUUGGAAGGAUAAAGAUCCAGAUUUACGCGUAUAUGAAUAUUUACCAAAUGGGGAAAAAGAUUACUAUGAUUUCAUGUUGGAGUCAAGGUUUUGCCUUUGUCCGAGUGGAUAUGAAGUGGCAAGCCCUAGAAUUGCUGAAGCAAUAUAUUCUGGGUGUGUUCCAGUGAUACUUUCUGAACGUUACGUCUUGCCUUUUAGUGAUGUACUAAAUUGGGAUUCAUUCUCUAUUCAGCUUAAUGUGUCAGAUAUUCCAAUGUUGAAGGAGAAAUUGUUGGGUGUUUCAGAAGAGAAGUACAUGAAGCUCAAAGAAGGCGUGAGAUUUGUUAGGAAGCAUUUCGUGUUUAACCAACCUGUUCAAAGGUUUGAUGUUUUCCAUAUGAUUUUACACUCUGUGUGGUUAAGAAGAAUAAAUAUUAGAUUUGAGUGAUUGAUCGAUUGUUUAUUUAUAAAUACAAGUAUAGUGAGC